AUACAUAAUGGCCCCAAAAGCUGAAAAGAAACCCGCCUCCAAAGCUCCAGCUGAAAAGAAGCCAGCUGCCAAGAAGACCGCUUCUUCUGAACCAAAGAAGAGAUCCAAGACUAGAAAGGAAACUUACUCCUCUUACAUCUACAAGGUUUUGAAGCAAACUCAUCCAGACACUGGUAUCUCCCAAAAGGCUAUGUCCAUUAUGAACUCCUUUGUCAACGAUAUCUUUGAAAGAAUUGCUGGUGAAGCUUCCAAGUUGGCUGCCUACAACAAGAAGUCUACCAUCUCUGCCAGAGAAAUUCAAACUGCUGUGAGAUUGAUCUUACCAGGUGAAUUGGCUAAGCAUGCUGUCUCUGAAGGUACCAGAGCCGUCACCAAGUACUCUUCUGCUGCUAACUAGGCAAUUUAGUUUCAGUUUUCUCGUGUAUUAUUUAGCUACUUGAUUAUUAUAUCGUAUGUAUAUUAGGAAAUAAAUUCGUUUAUUAUUGGAUUAUUCA